UUUGAGAGAAGGAAUGGGGAAAGAGACUCGCUGGACGACUUCCUGUUUCCGUUAUCGCCGCCUAACAAUGGUGGUGGCUGUGUGAACAGUGCGCCCUUGAUUCAGCGCAACGUUUUUACCAGGAGAGAGCCGGUGAAAUCUGUUUUAUCUCAGUAUGGAAAAUGCUGCUAAUGAAGAUGGUGGAGGUAAUGAGCAGGCUGACACUUAUUCUACUAAUGAAGAUCAGCGCAGGCAUCAGUCGGACCGCCUAGACCGGGAGGAAGCCUUCUAUCAUUUUGUCAAUAACCUGAGUGAAGAAGAAUACAGGCUGAUGAGGGAUAAUAACCUGUUUGGUACUCCAGGAGAAAUUACAGAAGAAGAACUCACCAGGCGUCUGCAUCAAGUAAAAAAUGGCAUUAUUCCGAACAACCCUGUUGCUCGAAGGAGUGAAAGUUCUGGUGACAGAGGUGCUGAAGGUUUGGACGAAGGGUCAAGUGGCGAUUCACUUCUGGAGUGGUUGAAUGCUUUUAGACAGACGGGUAACACGACGAGAAGUGGGCAGAGUGGGAAUCGCUCAUGGAGAGCAGUCAGUCGUACAAAUCCAACAAGUGGUGAUUUUAGAUUCAGCUUGGAAAUCAAUGUCAGUCGAGGUAGAAUCGAUCAAAGUGCCGAGAUGGAAAGUGAGCAGCUCAUGGACACUUCGAAUGCAGGAACAACAUUGCCACCAACAGAAGAAGCUGUGACACCUGUACCAUCUAGAAACAUAAACCCAUCCCCACCAACAACAGCACAACCUGCACAAGCAGUAACAGCUCCACCAGUAACCGUAACAGAGGAAAGUGUCCAAAGUGAACCAGAGAGGUCUGAGACUGGUGUUACUAGACAGAGUAGAAGACCAAAUGGGGAAUUUUCUUAUGAAAACAGAUCUGAACCUUUUAGACAAGACCUUGAAACCCAGCCACCUCAAGGUCGUGUACAAACUGGCAGAAGCAGAAGUCCAGAACGUCGAAGGUCCUCUAGAACAAGAAGCAAUCGAAGCCGUUCACCCUUGCAUCCAGUUGAAGGAACAAGUAGAUCACGACGCCAGACUUCCCUCCGGUCCGUGAGGUCCAGUUCAGAGAGUGGGACAGAAGGAAGUUCCAGAACUAGGCAGCACGUAGUGUCCAGGCAGAGUCGGGUUGGAGAUGAAGGGUUGACGGGAGUAACUAAUCCUUUCUCAGUGUCUGAGUCAAGUGAACCUAGAGAGUCUUCCCAAGAAGCGGUUGAUCCUACAGAAGCUUCCUCCAAUGAUUCAUCUACAGCUGGACGACGACCACCUACCAUUAUGUUAGAUCUGCAAGUGAGAAGGGUAAGACCUGGUGAAAAUACAGAUAGAGAUAGUAUAGCUAACAGGACCCGCUCAAGAUCCCAAACAACAGACAACACAGUUGUGUAUGAAAGUGAGCGUGGUGGACUGAGGCGCACUUUCUCCCGCUCUGAGAGAGCAGGGGUGCGAACUUAUGUAAGCACCAUUCGGAUUCCUUUUCGCAGGAUUUCUGAUUCGGGUCUUGGGGAGGCUGCCUCGGUUGCUCUCCAAACCAUACUGCGCCGAAUAAUGAUGGGUGGGGAAUUGAGUUCCUUUGUGGACAGUGACAGUGACUCUGAAACAAGCAACAGGGGCCGAAAUCCAGUGCAGGAAGUCUCCGAGUCACAGAACAGCACAAGUGAGUCUCCAAACGUUGCUUCAAUAGGUAGAACAGGAGAGCAGCAGGCAGGAGUGCAGCGGAAUGACAGUGAAACAGAUAGUACAACUGGUGCAAGGAGAAGAGAAGCUCAGCAGACUCGAGGCUUGUUUGGACUUGAAGAAAGUGGCACUUUGCCUAUACUUAGGCUUGCCCAUUUCUUCUUGCUAAAUGAUGAAGAUGAGGAUGAUCAGCCAAGGGGACUGACUAAAGAGCAAAUUGACAACCUGUCCACAAGAAAUUUUGGGGAGAGCGAUGCAAUUAAAACCUGCAGCGUAUGCAUUAGUGAGUACACUGCUGGCAACAAGCUUCGCAAGCUUCCCUGCUCACAUGAGUAUCAUGUUCACUGCAUCGAUCGCUGGCUGUCUGAAAACUCCACGUGUCCCAUAUGUCGUCAGGCCGUUUUAGGUCGCGCUGUUGGUGAUAACAUUGGCUAGUAUGUGGCCUCCGCAAUUUUGUGCUCCCAGUAUUGAUGUAAAGUAGAAUUAGCUAGCUGUAUUAAACAGUGAACCAUAUAAAAUUUUACUCCAGAAUGCAGAGGAAAUUUCAAGAUAGCCAUACCUAAUAUUUCUGUGUGACUGCUUCCUGACAUAUGUUAAAAAAGAUCUUUAGUAUGGGUUUGGACAUUUUGUAUUGAUUCUAUUACAAGUGUGCACUGUUGCAUUGUAUAUGAAGUGAAACAAUUUUACCAUGCUUAAAUAUGUAUUUGGGGAACAAUUCUGGCAUUUGGUUUCUUAAGUCGGUUGAUUGAACCCUUAAUUAAGAUUUGUUCUUAGCAUGGUAAAUAACUUAUUUAAACUAUAAUGCUUUUGCUUUCAUUUUGUCCAGGGUGAAUCCUUGGCCUAUAAUUUUGUCAUAUUGUUAGUACUUGUAUUGAAUUACAAUUUUUUUUUUCAUUGUUUGGAUUUUUUAAAUCAAAACAUUUCCUUUUUUGAUGUAUAGUUUUGGUUUGGGUGCACACUUAGUGAUGGUGUUUUAGUGAUUCAGACUUUUUCAUUGUUGGAGAAUUUAUGUAUAGGGUAGAGAAAUUGGCCAAUUAAAUUAGCAAUGCAAAUUUACUGCUAUUUAAAAAUACUAAUUCACUGUACAUCUUUAAUGAAAAGAUUGCCUUAUAUUGAACGUGUCUAUGGGACAAAUUGCAGUUAUUCAACAGAUACUGUACUAUGAAUUUGUUUACUAUCUUCUAAUUUUCAGUCAAUAUUAAAAAAAAAUCUGAUUUUAUUUCUUUGGAGUUACUCUGUACAUCCCUUUGAAGCUCUUGCCUUUCCACCUUGCAUUUUCAGUUUUAGGAAAAUAAUCCAGUCUCACAAACUCUAGAGUAAGAAGUCAUUUGCCUUUGGGAAGCUAGAUGUUUAUUUUUUCUUUAUAAUUGAAUGGAUUCGUGAGACCGUGGAUGCACGUGUUAGCCUCUCGACACAUUUCUGCAACCCUCAACCCUGCGCCAUGUAAUUUGUGCCUAAUAACAUAAUUUCCCAGCUCUCAAUUAAGAUGUCAUUUGGAUUCACUGCAACCGUCAAGACCAUCAGGACCGUCAAGGUGUUGUGUAAUAGACUAGUUUCUGAAAUCCUAAUCAAGUACUGCAAGUCAAGGUGCAGUCCUGAUCUACAUGAAAAAUAAGCUCUGGUAUUCUGCCAAUUGACAUGUUGCAUUUAUAAGUUGUAAAGUAUAAAAAUGCUGGGUUUCUUUGAUAAGAAAAUUCCAGUUUUGUUCUUUUAAAUAUGAAAUUGAAAUACAUUUGUAUUAUAAUUAAUGUAAGAAUGGACAAGUUUGUUUCUGAGGCAGAAUGCCAGUUUUUGUUUUUGAAUAUAUAUAUGAGCAGAUUGUGGGAAGUAAUGACACGAUUUGGUAUCGUGCUUACCCUAAUGUAUAUGGAAAGAAUCAGUUUUGUAUAAAGGUAAUGAGCUAUGAAUCUUGUAUAAAUUUUAAAUACCAAUAUUGUAAUGUGUAAUUUCAUUACUUAAAUUUCACAGAGCCAAUGUUAGAAAAAAAAUGAUAAUAGGAA